GUUCAACUCUCCCCAUCCGCCUGCAGUCGUCUUCUGUCUCGCGGUGAAAUCCCACCAAACGGAUUAAAAUGGCGCUUAGUUCGCAAGGAACAAAGAAAAAAGUUUGCUAUUACUAUGACGGUGAUGUUGGUAACUACUACUAUGGCCAGGGCCACCCCAUGAAGCCCCACCGCAUCCGCAUGACCCACAACUUGUUGCUCAACUAUGGCCUCUACAGGAAGAUGGAGAUAUACCGUCCACACAAAGCCAGCGCUGAGGAGAUGACCAAGUACCACAGCGAUGACUACAUCAAGUUCUUGCGCUCCAUCCGACCGGACAACAUGUCUGAGUACAGCAAGCAGAUGCAGAGAUUCAAUGUUGGAGAAGAUUGUCCUGUCUUUGAUGGCUUGUUUGAGUUCUGCCAACUGUCCGGAGGAGGCUCCGUAGCUGGUGCUGUGAAAUUGAACAAACAGCAGACCGACAUAGCCAUCAACUGGGCUGGUGGUCUUCAUCAUGCCAAGAAGUCCGAAGCGUCUGGGUUUUGCUACGUCAACGACAUUGUACUCGCCAUCUUGGAGUUACUGAAAUACCACCAGAGAGUACUGUACAUUGAUAUUGAUAUCCAUCAUGGUGACGGUGUGGAAGAGGCCUUCUACACCACUGACCGUGUCAUGACGGUGUCCUUCCACAAGUAUGGAGAGUACUUCCCUGGAACUGGAGAUCUCAGAGACAUUGGUGCUGGUAAGGGCAAAUAUUAUGCUGUGAAUUACCCUCUGAGGGACGGCAUUGACGAUGAGUCCUAUGAAGCCAUAUUCAAGCCGAUCAUGGCCAAGGUCAUGGAGAUGUACCAGCCUAGUGCUGUGGUUCUUCAGUGUGGAGCUGACUCUCUGUCAGGGGACCGACUUGGCUGCUUUAACCUCACCAUCAAAGGUCAUGCCAAGUGUGUGGAGUACAUGAAGAGCUUCAACUUGCCUCUGCUCAUGCUGGGUGGUGGAGGCUAUACAAUCCGAAAUGUUGCUCGCUGCUGGACAUACGAGACUGCAGUGGCUCUUGAUACAUCCAUCCCGAAUGAGCUCCCAUACAAUGAUUAUUUUGAGUAUUUUGGUCCAGACUUCAAGCUCCACAUCAGCCCGUCCAACAUGACCAACCAGAACACCAACGAUUACCUGGAGAAGAUAAAGCAGCGUCUGUUUGAGAACUUGCGCAUGCUGCCUCACGCUCCUGGAGUGCAGAUGCAGGCAAUCCCAGAAGAUGCUGUUCAAGAGGACAGUGGAGACGAGGAGGAGGAAGAUCCAAACAAACGCAUAUCAAUCCGUGCUCAUGAUAAGAGGAUAGUGUGCGAAGAGGAAUUCUCCGACUCAGAAGACGAAGGCGAGGGUCGCAGGAAUGCAGCCAGUUUCAAAAAGGCCAAACGGGCCAAGACUGAAGGAGAAAAGGAGGGAGAGGAAAAGGAGAAGAAAGGUGAGGAGGAAACAAAAGAAGUGAAAGAAGAAGAGAAGGUGCCGGAGGAGGAGAAAAUGGACACGUCAAAGCCUAAAGAGGAAUCAAAGACACCAUGAAGUUGAUGGAUGCUGACUGAUCAGACAUGUUUUUAAAAUCCUCCUCCAGCUACUGCCGGGUGUGAGGACCACACCUUUGUACUGCGAUCACGUCCCCCUCACUGCAGGACGAGGAUCCAAGCCGGAUUUUCUACACCUUUAGAUUAUUGCUGUUUAUGAUGAUGAUGAUGUUGUUUUUUUAUACUUUACUGUGUUUCUUUUUAUGCGCUCAUGUACCCCGUGAAGCUACUCUGUAAAAUGGCUUAGUACAAGUAUGCUUUUAUAUAUCUGAUGGAUUUAAUUUAUUUAAAUCAUAGAUAUUUUGGAUACUCCUCUUGUCCUUACACUUGUGCCUGUGCCUUUGAAUAAGUAGUGGCAGCAUGCGCGUGUCAUAGAUCUUUCUGUGUCAUGGAGUGGCUCACUUCUUAUGGCACAGCAAUUUUACUUUAGAACUUUUCUAUUACCCCCCACCCACCCAAAGUUUCUAUGUCUCCUGGUCCAUCAUACUGGACGUUUGAGUACACCGGAUCACAUUCCACUCAAAUUAGGUCUUAAACGUUCAGGGUGGAAGGGCGCCAGGUUUAAUUUGUUGUAUAUAUAUUUGUAUUCUCAAAGAAGCUAAUGUCAUGAACCUGAAACCAAUAAAAUGCAACAAAAAUA